GGCACAUAGGGUGGGCAGUGGCACCAGAGAGUGCCCGCUUUCCAGAGAGCUCUGUUCGGAGGGCGCAAGAAGGGAGGAACCGCCGACGCCGUCCCACUAAUCUCCGCGCCUUGCGGUGAGACAGCCCAGCACUGCCUGCCUGUCCCUCUGUCCGUCCGUCCGUCCAUCAUUGAAGGAACAGGACUCCGGCCUAGCGAUGAAGAGACCCCACGACUACAGCUCUCCAGAUACCGACGCGGAGGAGCUGAUCGACGUGGGACAGGAGGAUGGCUACUGUCCUGUCACUGGUUCCCUGUCCCCAGGUAACACCUCACAAAUUCUGGCCCGCAAGAAGCGCAGAGGGAUAAUUGAGAAGAGGCGGAGAGACCGGAUCAAUCACAGUCUGUCAGAACUGAGACGUCUUGUUCCCAGUGCCUUUGAGAAACAGGGGUCCUCCAAGCUGGAGAAGGCGGAGAUCCUGCAGAUGACUGUGGACCACCUGAAACUGCUCCACGCCAUGGGCGGGAAAGGGUACUUUGAUGCCCGUGCUCUGGCGGUGGACUACAGGACGCUGGGAUUUCGGGAGUGUGUGGGGGAGGUGGUUCGGUACCUGAGCUCCCUGGAGGGUUUGGAGACGCCUGACCCGAUUGGAGCCCGGCUGGUGUCCCACUUGAGCCACUGCGCCAGCGAGCUGGACCCCCUGAUGCAGAGCCCAGCUGCCCUGCCGUUUGCCCCCUGGCCCUGGGCCUCCUUCCCCCACAUCCCCACCCCGCCCCCUUCCUCCUCCUCCGCCUCCGGCCCGUUCCCGGGGGUUUCUCGCAGGGACCUCCCACCCCACACCGCCGCCCUCCUGGCCACUUACCCAACGUCAGCCCUGCGCGUAGCUCCUAUUGGCUGCCUGCCAGCCACUCAGCAGACGGCAGUGCUGAGCCCCGCCCUGGCUGCCGUGCGCAGGGUACCAUCCCUGCCCUCCCCCGCCCACAGACUCUCGCAGCCCUCCCCUGAAGCCCAUGGUGCUCCGCCCCUCCUGGCUGCCCCGCCCUCCUCGGCCGCCUCUCAGGUCUCGUUCCGGCCCUUCGCGCCCCCAGGCUCCACCCCUGCCCAGCGAGGGGGCGCCGGGACCCCCAGCAAGGCAGCACAAUCCUGGGGCACAGAGGUAGGAGCAUUCUGA